CACAAGAGGUCAGAGCAAUGGACGCGUCUCAAAUGUAAACAGAGUUGGAGGAAGAUAUGAGGCUGUUAACUCGGGCAGUGCAGUGCGCAGUGUCUCAGAGGGAGAGCAGCCGCAGACACUUCUGGGGAUGGCUCAAUGCAGUGUUUAACAAAGUGGACUAUGAGCGGAUCCAGGCGGUGGGUCCGGACCGGGCCGCCGCAGAGUGGCUGCUCCGCUGCGGGGCCAAAGUCCGGUUCCAGGGUUUGGACCGCUGGCAGCACGACUACAACGCGCUGCCGACCGGACCCCUGGGCCGCUUCAAGAUCCAGGGCAUCGACGCCACCGAGUCCUGCAUCAUGUACCGGGGCUUCGACCACCUGGAUGGUUUGCAGCACUUGGAGGAGAUCAAGCUGAACCGGUGUAUCUACAUCGAGGACACGUGUCUGGAGAGGCUGAGCACCAUCGAGAACCUGCAGCAGAGUCUGCUCCGCAUGGAGGUGGUGUCGUGUGGAAACGUGACCGACAAGGGCCUCAUCGCCCUGCACAAACUCAGGAACCUGGAGCUCCUGUUCCUGAGCGACCUGCCGGGGAUCAGAGACAGAAAGACGACGGUGAGCCGGCUGCAGACGGCACUCCCAAAGCUCGACAUCUCUCUGGACCUGAGCGAUUAGACGGCCUCUCUUAAAGGCCCUUCAAAAUCAAAUUCCCAGGACUAGAGGCAACAUGUAGAUGCUUCAGCUUAAAGUGAAUGUCCAUGAUGUGCAGCAUGGGGAAAGUAAUAAGCACUCAAAUGAAAAUGAAGCACUUUAUUUAUCGUUUUUCUCGAACAAAUCUGUAGUUUAAUAUUAUAUUUUCAACAUUCAAGGUAUUAAAGGUGACUCCAUGUGUUUGUACAAAGAGAAAAACAAGUUGCAAAGGAUUGAAGAAUAUUUUUUCUUUAGAUUUUUACAUUAAUUUGGCAUUUGUAGGAUAUCUGAGGACAGAUGGCUGUGACUAUCCUUAGCAAACAAUGUUGUUGUUGUUGCGAAAACACAGCAUGUAAUAACUACACAAAAUGUUAUGAAUGCUAAUUUCAUUAUGCAAUAAACAGCCUGAACACAAUAUGUAGUAAAUUAUUACACGUUUUCAGUUUUUAUAUUCAUGCAUUAUGUAAGAACCAAUCAAAUCACAAUAUGUUGAUUUGAUGCUUUAAAGCAUGCAUUUCAAAAAUAUUUUAAAAUAGUCAAUUAGUUCAGUAUAUUAUCUUUUAUUGAUUAUAUAUUUUAUUCGCCAAAACUACACCACGUUUCACUGUAUCCCUACCUAAAAUAUAUAAUAUGUGUAAAGAUUAAGACAAAUAUUUUGGUUGUUUAUUUCAAUCGCAUGUAUUUUUACAGUUUCAUUAUAUCAUUUCCAACUGGUGCAUCAUUUUUAAGCCUAUAAAAUGUCAUACAAUGGGGAAAAACAUCCAUCCCUGUUUCUAAAAUACAGGAUAUUCACUUGAUUAUGAUAUGGAAAAAGAGAAAAGCAGCAAAUAUUUAGAUUUUAAAGGAUUAAAACAGCAGUUUCUGAAAUGUUUGCAUAAAAAAUAGUGAAAGUAAAUGUUUCUGAUGAUUCAUUAAUCGUUGCAGUCCGACUAACUACUGCAAUAUGUCAUCAUUGAUAUUUUUUUAAAUGCAGGGAAGUGUAUUGCAUGUUGCAUUCAGGCUGUUUAUUAUACAAUUGUGUACAUAUAUGACAAUUAAUCAAUUUAUUACGUAAUAUUUCAGGAAUAUUCAGUCCUGACGUCAAUAAAUAGUUUCAGAAA